AGUAAGUUAGGGUUAUCGUUGCGCUUCUUCUCUGUUUCUGUUGGCCUCGAGGGGGAAGAAGAGGAUGGCGCUGACCAACUUCAUCGUGACGGUCGUGGGGGUGACGGCGGCCGUGCUCCUCCUCCGCAGCGACGUCAAGCAGUCCGCCGCCAUCUUUCGCCGCAACGUCCGCCACAUCCGCCAGUGGCUCGAAGAAGAGUCCGCCUCCGCCGCCAAAUCUGUGGAGCGAUCCGCACCCAAGGAGUUGGAUUCUCAGGCUCCAAGGAAAGAGAUUCACAAGGAUGAGAAGCACUAGAAUGAUAAUGAACCAACUUUCCACUGCAAAGAACAUAUCCGCUAAUAUGUUUGUGUAGCGUAGACUAUCAUCAAGCAACUAUCACUGUAACUGUAUACCCUUGGAAAGAAGGUAAAUAUGAAGUCAGUUCCUUUAUUUCA